AUGCAAAAUCAAACAAUGUUGAUGAUCGUUCUCAUCUGGAUCUUAGCCAGUAUUUAUUAUUGUAAUGGUGCUACAUGCACAUGCCAAUGUUGCAGUGGUAAUGGUUGUACGCCCCCAUCGUUAGGUUCAAUUACGAUCUCAUCGUGUGGCUCAUCAGGUUGUCAGUCAGCAUGUCAAAGCAACUAUCCAACUCAAUGUACAAAUGGUAUAGGCUCAACCAGCUACCAAUGUAGCGGCAGUGAUAGUAGUAGUAGUAGCAGCAGCAGCGGUAAUGGAGAUUUUAAUUGGAUGCCUCCAGAAAAUAGCUUUAACUGGGAUUUUUUCAAAAAUCAAGUGCGUGCCAAGCGUCUCAAGGACCGAAAACAAAUUUGA